AAUAUUUUGAAAGUGUUGAUGUGAUGAAGAGAGGAGGGAACAGUGCUUAUUUCGUUCAGAAGUGAGAUACCUGUGACUCUAGCUAAGUAUCUGAACGAAAUAUACACAACUUUAAAGUUUAUGACAGUGGCACUCAUGCUUUCUGUCGUAAUAAAAGUAUUUCAUUUCUCUGCGGCGUUGACUUGAACUAUUAGUGCUCGUCGAAAGUAGCUGAUGCCUAAACGACAGUCAAAUUUUAUCAAAGGCUUAUCAGAAAUGGAUAGUGAUGUCUUGUGACAUAGGAUAAUUAAAACUAUUUUACGGAAACGACGAAGGAGUUAAAUGAGGGUAUUAAAUAUUUUGCAUCAUUGUGUAGUAGUCAUGAUAUUACGUUAAGACUUUUAGCUCAUUGAAUACUUUCUUACCCGACGUUUGACAUUUGCCGCAGAGAUGGAAACACUAUAAUAGUACAAACAUAUUAAUGUUUCAAAGCUAGUUUGGAAUGCAGGUUGUAUUGGCAGCCGGAUUAGUAGUGUACUUGAUAACAAAUAUGCACGUAAGUUGCGUAAUCUGCAGUGACCUGUUCGUUGCAGCUGAUGAUACGUUCUGCACACAGUGUGGUCACCUUUUUCAUUACCAGUGUUUGAUACAGUGGAUUGAAAGGUCUAAAUCAUGCCCACAGUGUCGAACAAAAACCACGGAAAAGAACAUUCAUAGAAUAUAUUUUAAUAUUCCAAAUGUUGACGAAAAAUAUGAAGAUCCAAGUGUCCUGCACAAUAAAAUUGAUGGUCUACAUUUUCAGCUUCGUUUGAGAGAUACAGAUUUGAAAAAUUCUGAAGAAAAAAAUGUGAAAUUGGUUAAUCAGAAUGUGAUAUUGAAAGAAGAACUACUGCAAGCUCAACAAAAAUGCAAAAACUUAGAAAGAGAUAUUUUAACACUUAAAGAGCAAAUAAAAUUCAUGCGUGAUCAGACAAAGAAUGCUGAGCAGGCUCAGAAUGAUGCUAAGCAACUGAAAAGACAAUUGGAAUUCUUGAAAAGUGUUGAGAUGGUGGUUAAAGCUGCAGCAACAGAAGUAGAUGAAAUGCUUGGCAAUUUUGAUGGUACAUUUGACUCCUUUAAAAGAAUGAGUACUUAUGUUUCAGUUCUCAAAAGGGAAUUACAAGGCUCAACAGAGAAGAGGCGAAAUCUUCAAACACAAUUGAAAGAAUCUGAAAAAGAUUUGAAUUCAGCUCUAAAUGAGUUGAACCGUUUGAAGAAAGAACUGAGUAAUCAGGUGGAAAAGAAUGCAUUGUUAACAGACGAUAUCAAACACCAGGAAGCAGAGAACAGAAGUCUACAAAAAAAGAUAAAAAAUCUUGAGGCAGCCAUAGUAUCACCUACAGCAUCUCAUCCUAGUCAGAGUGCUCUUAGGCGAUUUGUAACUGAAAGCCCAGCACCUAACACACUGAAGUUGUCUCACAACAUUAUUGAGAAGAGGAAGUCUACACUUGCUGAGGCUCAGGGAAGUACUGCAAAAGAAGAGGUGCCUUGUGGGGAACUUUUCACUUGUCCACAAAGUACAUUCGGUGACGAGAAGUGUGAUGAUCCAAUGGAAAAUUGUCUGCAAAAUCAGGAGGAGGAGCCACAAAAAAAGACUCUGAAAUUGAGAUUUAAUGGUGAAGAAAGUGCUACAGAUUCGACUCCACUGAGAGGAAUUAAGUUCAGAACCAUUCCAGUGUCUAAUAAAUUCAGUAUUUUUAAAAAACCUAGAAGUGAAGGUACAGCUGAUGUAGUAGGAAGUGUAAAUUAUGAUAGUGAAGUAACGUACGAUGGACAUGGAGGUCAUUCCAAAUUAGAUGAAUUUCCGAAACUUGGUCCAAAAUUCAGGCCAGAAAAAAGGACUAUGAAGAUACCUAUAGCACGAAUGAAGAAGAAAGCAGCAAGUUCAGAUAGUUUAAAACGCUAUGUAACAGGACUUCCUGACUGCUCUUCCUAAAUUCCUUUAAUUUAUUUCCCAUUGUGUGCAAUUAAUAUUACAGCCGUUACAAUAUUAAAUUAAAUUUUUGCAACAAGUAGCUGAUAAAAAAAUUGGAGACAUUACACAGACAAAGCGCUAAGCCAUAUGCAAGUGUCAUUUGAAAGUUCCCAGUACUAAGAGAUAUGAAUGGUACUGAGACGUUGAUGUUUGAUAUAGAUCCAGUAAUGUGUCCAUUUAACACUAAGAAUACUUCUGGGAUCAAGAUUGAUAUUUGACGAUAAACUAUGAAAAUUCAUUAAAAUAAUGAACUUUGUGGUACUAAAACAAUAAAUUUUGGCAGAGUG